CAACAACAUAACACCAUGUUGCGGCAGCUAUCAAGACAGGCUGCCUUGUUGCAUGGUACCAGAAGAUGUAGCACAAGCUUUCAACAAGACAUAUGUAUAUUUGGGCAAAGGUAUCAGAUAUCGCGCUCAUUCGUCACUUCAAGGUGUUGUUUCUCAUCUUCUAACGAAUCGCAUGCAUCGAGCUCGACUUCGGCAUUGCCAACAUCGGGAAUUCUCAGCAAAAGGCUGACUUCCAUAGAGGACUUACGCGACAUUCAACCAGGUCAAAGAGUAACAUUGGCUGGCUGGCUAACGCAAAUAAGAAUCAUCUCAAAACAUCUCGCAUUUGCAGUUUUGCUCCUUCCACGUGGACGAGGUCGGAUACAGCUUAUCGUACGUAAUGAUGACAGCAGUUCGUCGCUUGAUAUACCCGCUCUGUGGGAAUGUGCAAAUGUUCAUGGAGUAGUACAAGUGGAAGGUACAUUCGCAGAACGUCCACAAAAAGAUCAAAAGGCUUCGAAAAACCACGCUGGUAUUGCUGGGGAUGCAGGACAAAGAGACGCUUUUGCACGUUUUGAGCUCAAUGUUGAUUCAUGUAUAGUACUGAAUAGCGUUCAAGCCGAUAGCCUACCAUUCAAUCCAACAGAUGUCAAUCGAGAAACAAAUGAGGAAAGUAGAAUGAGGAAUCGACAUUUGGAUCUACGCAGUACUCGACUAGGUGAUAAUAUACGGCUAAGGAGUAAAGUGACUUGGGCUGUCAGACAAUACCUACAUGAAGCAGGCUUUGAUGAAAUUGAAACACCAAUCUUACUACGGUCCACACCAGAAGGUGCAAGAGAAUACCUCGUACCUACUCGAUUACCUACACAAGCAAGCAACCCAUCAUCUAAGCUGGAACCGCAAUUCUAUGCACUUCAACAAUCACCACAACAACCUAAGCAACUCUUGAUGGCAAGUGGGGUGACGGAUCGCUAUUAUCAAAUAGCAAGAUGUUUUCGUGACGAAGGCGGACGUAAAGAUCGUCAACCGGAAUUCACACAGAUCGAUCUCGAGGUGAGUUUCGUACAAGGUCAGCCAGUAUCAAGUAAGAAAGCAAAAGGCUGGACUUUGGGCGGCGAAGAGAUUCGUGAUGUGAUCGAGAAUAUGAUUCGAGCGAUCUGGAAAGCGGCUGGACGAGAGGCGGAGUUGGGUGCCAUCAUUGGAGAUGGCUUCCAGGUAAUGACUUAUGAUGAGGCAAUGAGAAGAUUUGGAUCGGAUAAGCCAGAUUUGCGGUAUGGCUUAGAGGUGACGCAAUUGAAUGUCGAUCGUAUGUUGGAAGCAAACAAUCUAUCUGGGAAUAAUGGAGUUGAAGCAUUCUGGGUUGAAGCUGACUCGCCCAACGCUUCUGUCAAGCUGCUAUUGCGCAAGUCAAAGCAUAUUCGCAAUCUAUUGGAUCAAAAUGAGGUGGAAGCCUUAGACGUAUCCGUCGAGUCAAUGACAGAUCUGAUUGAAGAAGCCAAGAAGAAUGGAGAGCUGUUCACAAAGAAGCAUGAUGCAAAAUGGGCUUCAGCUUCAGCGAAGCCAGGUAAACGGAUGUGCAUUUUUGUCGCUCCUCGUUCUGCUCAGAUUGAGGGUGGUUCCACAAGUUUAGGUGAUGUUCGUCGAUUCUUGAUGGCUGAAAUUGAAGCUAAUGGACUUCUGGAAAAGUCACUAGAUGAAUGCAAACCGAGAUUCCUUUGGGUGAUUGAAUUCCCUCUAUUCACCAGAGCUGAUCCAGACAAAGCUUUCUUAGCAAAAGGUAGAUGGAGUAGCUCUCAUCACCCGUUCACAAGUCCAAAAGCGGAAGAUACGGAAAAAGUCAUGUCACUCUUGCAGGGUGAUGGACACUCACGAGGAGAAUCGGACGAACGUGCGCUUGCGUCAAUCAAAGGUCAACAUUAUGAUCUCGUCUUAAACGGAGUGGAAAUCGGAGGUGGAAGUGUUCGUAUACAUGAUGCAGAAUUACAACGACGAAUUUUGCAAAACAUGUUACAACUUUCGCCAGAAGAAGUUCAGCGUUUUGAUCAUCUUUUACGUGCUCUUUCUCAUGGUGCUCCACCACAUGCCGGCAUUGCUCUUGGCUUGGACAGAUUGAUGAGCAUCCUUUGUCGUUCUGCUUCCAUUCGAGAUGUUUUGGCUUUCCCGAAAUCAAACAUGGGUCGAGAUUUGUUGUUUGGCAGUCCAGACAAAAGGAAAGAUGAGGUGUUAGCACAAUAUGGUUUACGCAAAGCAUGA